AUGGCCACAGGCAAUGCAAUGCUUUUGGUUUUCAAGCUCUCACUUUCAGACUCACUGCACAUAGCAGUUUUGGCUUCCAUACUUUCUCUUAUCAUUUACUGGAUCAUCAGGGACAGAUCCAGAGUGAGAAACCUGAAUGGAGAGCAUGUCUUCAUAACAGGCUGUGACACUGGACUUGGAAACUCACUGGCUAAAUGGCUUGACAAAAAGGGAUUUUGUGUCAUUGCUGCAUGUGCCACAGAAAAAGGAAGCCAAGAGCUACGGUGCUGCUCUUCAUUCUCAUUGAAGACAGUGAAUCUAAACUUGGCAGACUCCAACAGCAUUGCCAGGGCUGUGGUGUUUGUGACUGAACAGACAGCUGGCAAGGGGCUUUUUGGCUUGGUGAGCAAUCCUGAAGGAACAGCACCUGUAGGACCCACUGACUGGCUGAGGAUUGAAGACUUCCAUUCUGUCCUGGAUGUUAGCCUGCUGGGAUUGAUUGAAAUCACACUCAAGCUUCUGCCACUUCUGAAAAAAGCUGAGGGAAGAGUUGUCAAUCUAAUUAAUGCCAAAGGUCUUAUGGCUUUUGUAGGGGGUGGCUACAGUCUGUCCAAAUGGGGAAUGGAAGCUUUCUCUGACACCUUACGGAUAGAAAUGUGGCAUUUUGGAGUGAAAGUAAGCAUUGUUGAGCAUGGUUUCUUUAAGGCAGAAGAUGUUAAUUCAGAUGCCAUUGAGAAAUACCUCCUCAGACUUUGGAACAGACUGACGCCUGAGAUCAGGGACUCCUAUGGAGAAGAAUACUUAGUUGAAUAUAUAAAAGCCCAAAGAUCAUCAGUGAAAAGACUGUGUGACUAUGAUAUUUCUAAUGUCAUAAAAUGCAUGGAACAUGCCCUGAUAGCAAAGUACCCCAGGAUACGAUACAGAGCUGGAUGGGAUGCAAAGUUCUUCUGGCUGUUUCUCUCCUAUGCCCCAAGCUGUCUGUCUGAUAUGCUGUUGCGUAUUACACUUCCAGCUCCAGCAGAGAGCAGGAGACCUGUUCAUGGAGUUCUAAUGAAUGUCUAGUAUUAACACAGUAUCAGCUGUGCAGAAAUAAAUAUCUACCCUAUCAAAACUAGAUAUCCUCUUCUAUCCAGUUACUAGAUUGUGAAAAUUCUUUUCAGAAGACACUUUCUCCAUCCCUCACCCCACCUUACCUGAAAUUUUGAGUUCAUAGCUAGGCUUGUAAAUCCAGCACGUUUUUGAAGGCUGUUGCUCAGAAAUUAUACCUCUAUAGGAUCUGCAUUCAUAAAAUUUUCAACUACAAAGCUAGUUAAUACUAUUCACACAAGACAUGAAGUCAAAUAAUAAU